GCGCCGGGCGGCAGUGUAGCGAGGUAUGGGAUUUCCUCCGUCAUAACUUUGGUUUGGGUUUUAUUUACUUUAUCUGUUAUAAAAGAAGACAGCGCUAUCGCUAAGCAGUUAAACAGUUCAACACUUGAGAGAGAAGAAACAACUCAACAGAAUCUUCAAUUACCUUCAGCUAGAAACGAUCCUUGGAUUUCACUAGGAACUUACAACAUAAGAUAUCAAACGAAGAAACAAACAUGUACAUGCAGGAAUCACUCGCUUUGCUCGUUCUUCUUCCAUUACUCGGAAAUUCAGUUGAAGUUAACAACGAAUUCUGUAAACCGCGUCCAACUUUGGUCGCCAUCGACAACCCAGACUACAAAUUCUUUCCGUACUUUGUGAAACUGCAUCGAUGCGGAGGAUCGUGUGACAAUGUACAACCUUCAGUUCAGUCAUGCACUCCUCUUCAGUACAACGAAGUACCCGUCACGGUACAGGUGAUUGGGACAAGCGAGACCAAAGUCAUCAAGGAGAAAAAUCAUACACGCUGUGGCUGCGAAUGCGUUAUCAGCCCGGACAAUUGUGACUUAGAAUUUGAGGACUGGAGACCAGACAUGUGCCAGUGCAAGUGUAAAUACAAUGACACGCCCCCAGUGCCUUGUGGGCAGGGAAUGAUCUGGAGCAGGAGCCACUGCAGGUGCAUGUGCAAUAAGGUGCCAGAGCAGUGUGGACCAAAUAAGGUAUGGAGUUCCAAAGCUUGUGGCUGUGUUUGCAAGGAAAGAAGAUACCGGAAUUGCGCGCGAAGACAAAAGUUUGUUGACGAGGAAACGUGUAUGUGCACUAACGUAAUGCAGGGACCGGAAACAAAUCAAGUAUCAAAUCCAAAACCCCAACAGAAAGGUGGAUUACCUCAGGAAUUCUAUGUAGUCAUGUUUCUUGGACAGUUUGUCCUCAUGUAUUUGGUGUUUGAUGCCAUCCUGUACCGCAAGAAAGCUGGAUUGAUUUAUCGUGUCACAAGGAGUUGUUCAACGAAAGGUAAUCAUUCAAACAUUGACAGUUCAAGAGAAGAUAUUUUUAGCGAUUCAAGCCGCUCAUCUACAGUGAUCACAGAUCUACCCACAGAAACGGGAGAAAACAACAUGGCCGCCGCGCAUGCGUGAAACUAUUGUAAUUCAGACUUGCUGACGUAACAGCAAACCCGUGUCCUGUCCUUAAGGAUACUAGCAAUAGCAGUGUAAGAUGUUUUCUAGUUGCCCGACACCGUGAGCUGAAAGUUUAAUUUUUAAAUUUACGGCUAUGAGAAGUGUACAAAGUCAUUGUUUCCGAGAUCAAUAACCUCGAGAAAAGUUAUUUAAUAUAUAUUUAUUUAUUUAUAUCAGUGAGCGUUAUUUAAGUAGGAUGCUGCCUGCAUGAAAUGUUGGAGAAACUUGAUUAUUUAUUGUAAAAGUUAUUUAUGACUUUGAAAAGAGGAUACAAAAUAAAUACGAUCUAUGUGACUGCUUGA